AUGGACGCCGUACUGGACCACUAUUUCCAGGCUCCUCCUGUCACAAGGACCUUCACUACCGUUACAGUUCUUCUUUCGUUGGGCGUAAUCUUAGGUGCCCUCUCAGACAAGACCUUCGCGUACUACCCGAUCUACGUGUACAAGUUCCCGCCCGAGAUAUGGCGAUGCGUGACUGGAUUCAUGAUAACCGGCUCCGGCAUGAGCUUCCUCUUCCAGAGCUACCAUCUCUUCAUCUACAUGAGCCAAUUGGAAGUUGGCAACCCCAGAUUUUCCAAGACUGAGGACCUGAUUUGGUACCUCAUGUGCGUAGGGGGUGCAAUUCUGGGAAUUAAUCAUCUCGUCGGAUUUCCGUUCCCGUUCUUCCUAGACGCCUUGAUCCUCGCCAUGUGCUACACCACCACGCAGGAACAGCGGGGAAUGAAGACCAAGUUCCUCUUCAUGUUCACCAUCCCAGCCCAGCUGCUCCCAUACUGCCUGAUCCUGUUCAAUCUCGUCUUCCCCGGAGGUGCCAUCAGGAUGAUCCUGGAGAUCUACGGGCUGAUUGCCGCGCAUCUCUUCGAUUUCCUGACCAAGGUCUGGCCGCGAUACGGCGGCAACGGGCGUAGCCUGCUGCCAACGCCACCUCUUCUGGGCACGCUGGUAAACUUGGUGAGCCAAAAUCUCCCAGAUUUGCAGGGCCGAAUGGCCAGUGCUCCCCCCGCUGAAAGCUCCUCAUCGGGCUCCUCCUCUGGCAGACCUGCAGGUUCGUCGGGUGGCCCUCUGCCAGAUUCAUGGCGAACAAGAGGCCAGGGCCACCGUCUGGGCUAG